GUCAGUCGAAAAUCAGACAACGUGCGCGAUACAUUGCGAACGGGAAAGUGUCGACGCUGCACCACAAAUCGAGUCGCACACACACACACACACAGCCCAGCAAAAGUGGGUUCAACCAAUGAAAAACAAAAAAAAAGUGAUAAUAGAAUUCGCGCCCGCAGAUAAAUUGAAAUUCAUCAAAGGUUCCUACAAGCGCGACGUGUAAUCAUAAAAAAGAAAAUAAACCUUCGAAAGCCACAAGAAUUCCGAAAGCGAGUUGAAAAAAAUUUAAAUACGAGUCGCAAGCAAAACGCCACACAAAGUGCUCGAAAAUGUGCCGGGUGUAAGAGAGAAGAAAACACGGAGAGCAUAAUUAACUAAAGAUUCGGGGGGGAAAAUAAGGAAAAUCUGGCUUGAAGUAGUAGAGGGAGCACAGAAGCCGAAAAUAUGUGCGCAGACUUUUCUUUGGCCAGCCAGUGGAAUUGAUUUUCUUUUUCGGUUUCUCCCACAAUCCCCCGGUGCAACUUCUACCCCGCUCCCCCCAUCCAAACCUCUUCUCUGGUGUCUCUGAGGCCAAGCCAAAGAAACCACUCUAAAAGAACAAACACCAAAAUCGCCAAAAUGAUCUACUAUAUGCUGUUCAUACUGCCCGUCGUCCUGGCCCAGGAUCAGCAGCACACGACGGAGUCGCUGUCGAGCAAGCACCAGCACAUCUCGCACUCGAAUGCGAUAAUGGGUGAGGCCGGGGUCUCCAACUCCCAGCUGAUGCAGCCCUCGAGUCCGGCGCGCACCCUGCGACCUCUGACCCCGGGCUCCGGAGUGGGCGACCCCGCGCUGUACGACGCCCCCGACGACUGCCACUUCAUGCCGGCCGCUGGCCUGGAUCAGCCGGAGAUUGCGCUCACCUGCAACCUGAGGACCGUGAACAGCGAGUUCGACACGACGAACUUCAGUGUGAUUCCCGCGGAGCACACGGUCGCCCUGCACAUCCUCUGCAACGACGAAAUCAUGGCCAAGAGCCGCCUGGAGGCGCAGUCCUUCGCCCACUUGGCCAGGCUCCAGCAGCUGUCCAUCCAGUACUGCAAGCUGGGCCGACUGGGUCGCCAGGUCCUCGAUGGUCUCGAGCAGCUGCGGAACCUCACCCUGCGCACCCACAACAUCCUAUGGCCCGCCUUGAAUUUCGAGAUCGAAGCGGAUGCCUUCUCGGUCACCCGCAGGCUGGAGCGACUGGAUUUGAGCUCGAACAACAUCUGGUCCCUGCCGGAUAACAUAUUCUGUGCCCUAUCGGAGUUGUCGGCCCUUAACAUGAGCGAGAAUCGCCUGCAGGAUGUCAACGAGCUGGGCUUCAGGGAUCGCAGCAAGGAGCCUGUGAACGGUUCCACCGAGUCCACUUCCACCACAGAAUCGGCCAAGAAGGGCAGUGGUUCCAGCACAAGUUGCUCCUUGGAUUUGGAGUAUCUGGAUGUGAGCCACAAUGACUUUGUCGUCCUGCCAGCGAAUGGCUUUGGCACUCUGAGGAGGCUGCGCGUCCUGUCGGUGAACAACAAUGGCAUCUCCAUGAUUGCCGACAAGGCGCUCAGUGGCCUGAAGAACCUGCAGAUCCUGAACCUGAGCUCCAACAAAAUCGUGGCCCUGCCCACCGAACUGUUUGCCGAGCAGGCCAAGAUUAUCCAGGAGGUCUACCUGCAGAACAACUCGAUAAGUGUGCUGAAUCCGCAGCUCUUCUCGAAUCUGGAUCAACUGCAGGCCUUGGAUCUCUCCAUGAACCAGAUAACCUCCACCUGGAUCGAUAAAAACACCUUUGUUGGGUUGAUUCGUUUGGUUCUGCUCAACUUGUCGCACAAUAAGCUGACCAAACUGGAGCCCGAGAUCUUCAGCGAUUUGUACACCCUGCAGAUUCUGAACCUGCGCCACAAUCAGCUGGAGAAUAUUGCAGCCGAUACUUUUGCCCCGAUGAACAAUCUGCACACUUUGCUGCUGUCGCACAAUAAGCUGAAGUAUCUGGACGCAUAUGCUCUGAAUGGACUGUAUGUGCUGUCGCUGCUUUCGCUUGACAAUAAUGCCCUGAUUGGCGUGCAUCCGGAUGCCUUCCGGAACUGCAGUGCCCUGCAGGACCUCAAUCUGAAUGGCAAUCAGCUGAAGACCAUUCCGCUGGCCCUGAGGAAUAUGCGCCAUCUGCGGACCGUGGAUCUCGGCGAGAACAUGAUUACCGUGAUGGAGGACAGUGCUUUCAAGGGCCUGGGCAAUCUCUAUGGCCUCCGCCUGAUUGGCAACUAUCUGGAGAACAUUACCAUGCACACGUUCCGGGAUCUGCCCAGCCUGCAAAUCCUGAACCUCGCUAGGAAUCGCAUCGCUGUCGUGGAGCCAGGAGCCUUCGAGAUGACCUCCAGUAUUCAGGCCGUGCGCUUGGAUGGCAACGAGUUGAGUGAUAUUAAUGGUUUGUUCAGCAACAUGCCAUCGCUCCUCUGGCUGAAUAUAUCCGACAAUCGUCUGGAGACCUUUGAUUAUGGCCAUGUUCCAUCCACCCUGCAAUGGCUGGAUCUGCACAAGAAUCGCCUGAGUUCCCUAUCCAAUAGAUUCGGUUUGGAUGCCGAACUCAAACUGCAAACCUUGGAUGUGAGCUUCAAUCAACUGCAGCGCAUUGGACCCAAUUCUAUUCCCAACUCCAUAGAAUUGCUGUUCCUGAACGACAACCUGAUAACCACUGUGGACCCAGAUACCUUUAUUCACAAAAGCAAUCUCACUAGGGUGGAUCUUUAUGCCAAUCAGAUAACCACACUGGAUAUUAAGUCCCUGAGGAUUCUGCCAGUUUGGGAGCACCGACCACUGCCAGAGUUCUACAUUGGAGGAAAUCCCUUCACCUGCGACUGCAACAUCGACUGGCUGCAGAAGAUAAACCACAUUACUUCGCGCCAGUAUCCCAGGAUAAUGGAUCUGGAGACCAUAUACUGCAAGCUGCUGAACAACAGGGAGCGGGCGUAUAUCCCCCUGAUCGAAGCUGAGCCCAAGCACUUCUUGUGCACCUACAAAACCCACUGCUUCGCAGUUUGCCACUGCUGUGAAUUUGAUGCCUGCGACUGCGAGAUGACCUGCCCCACCAAUUGCACCUGUUUCCACGACCAGACUUGGUCCACCAACAUUGUGGAGUGCUCGGGAGCAGGCUACUCCGAGAUGCCGAGGCGAGUGCCCAUGGACACCACUGAGCUGUAUAUCGAUGGGAACAACUUCGUGGAGCUGGCAGGCCACUCCUUCCUGGGUCGCAAGAACCUGGCUGUGCUGUAUGCCAACAACUCGAACGUGGCCCACAUAUACAACACCACCUUCAGCGGAUUGAAACGCCUGUUGAUCCUGCACCUGGAGGACAAUCACAUCGUCAGCCUCGAGGGCAACGAGUUCCACAACCUGGAGAACCUGAGGGAGCUCUAUCUGCAGUCGAACAAGAUAGCCAGCAUCGCCAACGGCAGCUUCCAGAUGCUGAGGAAGCUGGAGGUGCUGCGCCUCGACGGCAAUCGCCUGAUGCACUUCGAGGUCUGGCAGCUGAGCGCCAAUCCCUACCUGGUGGAAAUCAGCCUGGCCGACAACCAGUGGAGCUGCGAGUGCGGCUACUUGGCCAGGUUCCGGAACUACCUCGGCCAGAGCUCCGAGAAGAUUGUGGACGCGUCGCGCGUGAGCUGCAUCUACAACAAUGCCACCAGUGUCCUGCGGGAGAAGAACGGCACCAAGUGCACGCUGCGCGAUGGAGUGGCCCACUACAUGCACACCAACGAAAUCGAGGGACUGCUCCCGCUGCUCCUGGUGGCCACCUGUGCCUUCGUGGCCUUCUUCGGCCUCAUCUUCGGACUCUUCUGCUACCGCCACGAGCUGAAGAUGUGGGCCCACUCCACCAGCUGCCUGAUGAACUUCUGCUACAAGUCACCGCGUUUCGUGGACCAGCUGGACAAGGAGCGACCCAACGAUGCCUACUUCGCCUACAGUCUGCAGGACGAGCACUUCGUUAACCAGAUUCUGGCCCAGACUCUCGAGAACGACAUCGGCUACAGGCUGUGCCUGCACUACCGGGAUGUGAAUAUCAAUGCCUAUAUCACGGAUGCCCUGCUGGAGGCCGCCGAGAGUGCCAAGCAGUUCGUGCUGGUGCUGUCCAAGAACUUUCUGUACAACGAGUGGAGUCGCUUCGAGUACAAGAGUGCGCUGCACGAGCUGGUGAAGCGCAGGCGGCAGGUGGUGUUCAUCCUGUACGGCGACUUGCCGCAGCGAGACAUCGACAUGGAUAUGCGCCACUACCUGAGGACGAGCACCUGCAUCGAGUGGGACGACAAGAAGUUCUGGCAGAAGCUCCGCUUGGCCCUGCCCCUUCCGAAUGGCCGUGGCAACAACAACAAGCGCGUGGUCUCCGGCUGUCUGACGGGUCGCACACCCUCGGUGAACAUGUACGCCACCAGCCACGAGUACCAGGCCGGGAACGGUGCGGUCAUAGCCCCGCCCAGUGCCCGCUACGCGGACUGUGGUAGCAACAACUAUGCCACAAUCAACGAGUGCAACGGCGGCGCAACGGCGGGCAGGGGCUACAAACCGAUUCCCACUUCCGCCUCGGCGGCGGCGGCCGCCAACAAGUUCAACACGAUGAACCAGCUGUCGAAGAAGCAGCAGCGCGACCUCAGCGUGGUGGGGAUGGCCAAGACCCUGGAGCACCAGCACCACCACAACCACCCGGCGAACCGGCGGAGCCAGCACGAGUACGCGGUGCCCAGUUACCUGCCGAGUGGCGCGGCUCCGGCCUACGACAGUGUGGACUACGCCAAGCAGCAGAUGCGGAGCAACGCCAACUGCGAGUGCGUCAAUCUGGGAACGGGCAAGCGCUCGCAGGUGAAGAACCCCGCCUCCGGGCUGCCCUCCAGCUUCAGCUCGAACUUCGUGCCACCCGGUGGGGCAUCGUACAACUGCAAGAAGUCCUGCAACUGCAUCGGAGACGAGGAUCUGCUCUGCAGCUGCGGCGGAGGAGGAGGCAUCGGGGCGAAUCUCCUGGAGAGCGGCACCCAGAGCAGCGUCACCAUGAGCAGCAGCAGCAACAACAGCCGCCAGCCGGAGCUCACCCACUACGAGUCCAACUUGAGCCUGAACGACGACGAGGACGAGGAUCAGGAUCAGCAGAAGAACCUGUGGGCGUAACGGGGUUAAGUCUAGGGGUUAAUUUAAAAAAAAAAAGGAAAACAAAAAACAAAAACAACAGCAGGAGACAGACUGCGCAACCAGUGAAUUUAUAAAAAAUAAUUGAACACUCUAAACUAAACAUAAACUAUUAAUUAAAGAUGAGAUAUAUAGUAUAUGAAGAGGCAGGCAGUUAGCAUACUUUUGGGAUGGUUCGAACAGACUGAUACUUUUAGUUCUUUAAAUAAAUUACAAUUGAUAACCCUGUAAAUAGAACCAGAGAAGGAGAAAAACUAUACCUUAAAUGAGAUUUCAAUAAUUUAACCAUUGUAUAAAAAAGACACGAAACGGUUUUUACAUUAGGGCCUGUACAUAAUUAUAAAUAUAAAACAAGUCUUUAAUUUAUUUAAUAUUACAUAGCUACCACGAAUAUAAGAAACACCAUGUUGAAUAAAAAUAAAUGUAUGAGAAACAAAAAAAAAA